AUGAUGCGCAAAUCCGCUGCGUCGUCGAUGCAGAAGACGUACGACGAAUGCUACCUCAUCUGCUCCACGGCCAUUUACUUCGAAGGCCAGGUACGUAUCAGCCGGUAGCUGUGUUUCGAACACAUCCAGGAAAUUGCUGACGCCUGAUGUACCUUUAGAAUAAUGAAGCCGAAGCACUUCGCGCGUGGCGCAAUGCGCUCGACCAGAUCUACUAUCACAACGCCUACAGGAUGCCCACUAGCUACGCGCCCCGAACCGAAACAGAAAAGGCUUUGCAGGACUCCCUGCGGAAGAUGGAAAUCCAGUGCAAGGAACGCGUAGAUCUCUUGGAGGCUUUAAGGAAGAGUAGGCAAGAGGCGGCGGAUGAAGCAAAGGAGAAGGGAGCGGGAGAGUCAGGCGGUCCAUCGAAGAGCAGAGAGUCGCUAGCCUCGAAUCCGCCUUCACGUGCGAAUGGACAAGGCGCUGCCACUUGGUUGGGUAACGAUACGGUACCGCAAGCAGCAUAUUCAGACAUACCGCGACCGCAACCUGUCCCCGAGAAGAGGCCUGCGCUACCUCCACGGCCGUCGUAUCUGCGCAAGAAGAGCUCCAGUGAUGAUGUGCGAAAGCCCAAAAGUUCGCAACCGAGAACAUCGCCAUCACCUAGCCUGACUCCUCCGAUCGGCGAGAGUACACGACCGCGAACACCUAGUCCAGAAAAGAAGAGCGGCGGUAUGUUGAAGACACUGCGUGCAAACGGGAAAGACAAGCAGACUUCUGGGAAAAUGGCGGCAACGUUGAGGAGUCGGCCUCCACCAGCGGCUUCUAAAGCCGCGACUCAGGUUUGGUCCGGGUCUUCAAGGCCAUCGCUAACUCCUAAUGGAAGCUCGAGCGGUGCGGCAGGCGGUUCGGUGCCAACUCAAACUACAUGGGAUCCAUAUACCAGAUCUCUGGUUGAAAGACCACAGCGAGGGCCGCCUCAGCAAGAGUAUAGGAGAGCAUCCCAAAAUGCCGCAGUGCGACCUCCAAGUCCCUCAGAUUUCACGCGGCCUAAGGACACUAAACCCUCUCUUGGCGAUCUCGCCAAAUCCAAGAGCUACCCUCCUCCAUAUCCGGAAUACCCUGUCAUGAAUCCAUAUGCGCAAGCACCAUUCGACUACAGGAACGACUCUGUAGAAACUACGAAGUCUCCACCCGUACCUCCACCUCAUGCCGCACCUGAACCGAAUACUACCGAGCAACCUCCAGCACAGCCUCAGUCCUUAUCGCAGCUAGGCCCGGCGUCCAUCUCAUACAUGAAAGAGUAUCCCAACAACCCUCCUUUAAAGCAAAGGAAACCACCGCCAUCAGCACCGGGGAGGUCAGGAGAGCGGGCUUCCGAUUCUGAUGGGCCGUCUAAAUCGCCCAAGACAGUACAAGCAAGGAACAGUCCAGCGCCAGCAAUACCACGGAAAGCCAUAGGCGGCAACAGGGCGCUUGGCCUUGUCAAUGCUAUCGCGGAACGACAAAAACUGGACAACACACAGUCUCAACUGCAAGACAGGGUGCGCGCUGAUCCACAAGCCAUCCUCACUAGCAGUUCUGAGCAAGGUCUUCGAAACAACAACACGAAGCGAAAGAUAGAGAGCAAACCAGUACCGGCACGUGCUAUUACCCCUCCGACGACCGACGACUCUCCGGAUUCCGAUGCGGAAGAUCAAACCUCGGACGCAAGGCGGCAAUGGGACAGGCGUGUCAAGCAAAUCAUGAAGAAACUUCCGAAGGGUGUGGAUGAGGCGGCGGCAAAACAGAUAUUCAAUGAUAUUGUCAUUCAAGGAGAUGAAGUACAUUGGGACGAUGUUGCUGGGCUGGAGCCUGCAAAGUCUGCUCUCAAGGAGACCGUCGUAUACCCGUUCCUCCGGCCAGACCUAUUCCUCGGUCUUCGAGAGCCAGCACGAGGCAUGCUUCUAUUUGGACCCCCUGGUACCGGCAAGACGAUGAUGGCACGAGCUGUCGCUACCGAGAGCAAAAGCGUCUUCUUCGCCAUCUCGGCUAGCAGCCUAACUUCGAAAUUUCUGGGAGAGUCGGAAAAGCUUGUGCGUGCUCUGUUCGCAUUGGCCAAGGAGCUUGCGCCAAGCAUCAUCUUUGUUGACGAGAUCGACUCGCUGUUGGGAAGCAGAGGCGGCGGCUCAGAGCAUGAAGCAACACGCCGCAUCAAGACUGAGUUCUUGAUCCAGUGGAGUGAUUUACAGAAAGCUGCAGCGGGUAGAGAAGCGAAGCCUGGCGAAGGCGAUGCAUGUCGAGUGCUGGUGCUGGCAGCAACAAACCUUCCUUGGGCCAUUGACGAGGCUGCGCGAAGACGGUUUGUUAGGAGGCAGUACAUUCCGCUACCCGAAGAAUGGGUGAGGGAGCAGCAGCUUCGUACACUCUUGAGCGCCCAGAAGCAUUCUCUGAACGAUCGCGAUCUGAAGCAGCUAGUUGCUUCUACAGACGGUGAGUGUUCCAGCAUGUAAUCUUCAAGGCCUAUACUGACGCAUCAAAACAGGCUACUCCGGCUCCGAUAUCACUGCCCUCGCCAAAGACGCUGCCAUGGGACCACUCCGAAGUUUGGGCGAGAAACUCCUUCAUAUGUCACCAGAUGAGAUCAGACCCAUUGGAAUGAAGGAUUUUGAAAACAGUUUGGUGAAUAUCCGACCUAGUGUGAGCAAGCAGGGCUUGAAGGAAUUCGAGGACUGGGCGAGGGAAUUUGGAGAACGUGGAGGAUGA